AUGGCAUCUCCAAACUACACACAUCCACACCCAAGCAGUCGCAGCGGCCCGUUUCUCUGUCUGCAAGAGCCACAACCACCGGCACCUAAAGGACAUAGCGCGCUAGCAUUGCUCAUCAGAAACCGGCCUGUCGUAUCACUACCAAACCCUCUGAACCCUUUCCGUGACGAUGAAGAGGCUCUUGUAGGUCUUGGGGUGGAACGGAGAUUAACGGACGAUGAACCUCCACGCCGGGAUGAGCGGCGCAUGAGCGCUGUUCUUAACGCGCCUCAUAUGCGCAGUAUGCGCCUGAUCGGAAACAGCAAUCCUCGAUAUCGAUGGGAAAGAUAUUGGAAAACCGAAGAUGAGCUGGCGAUUAUGAAAAAGCCCAUCCGUGAAUAUUAUGAGCGUUGCAACUACCUUGUUCAGCAGUAUCUAUACAUUGAUAAACUUCUGGAUUCAUCCUUGCCUCAUGACCUACUCAAUGAGUACAACGACCUCCCGCCAUGGGCUUUCCGCGGAGGUCUUGAGGCUCCUGCUACCACGCCGCCGACCAACGGUGUCACUGCAGAGCCCGCCCCAACUGUCUCCAAGACUCGCAAGAUCAAGCGAACGCCCAAGGACAUCUACCGACCGACCGAGACCACUCCCCUAUUCAGUGACGAUAGCAACGCCGUCGACGACGAGGAUGGUGAUCAAGUCGCUAGCCAGGGUACACGACCUGAGAUCCCAUGGCUUGAGGAUGACGAUGUUGACAGCUCCGCCUCCAUCGUGACUUUGGCUAUUUACAUCAACUUUGCAGCCAACGCUAUCCUUCUGGCUGGCAAGCUUGCGGUGGUCCUGUCCGUCCCGUCUGUCUCAGUGUUGGCAAGUUUGGUGGACGCGAUCCUGGACUUUUUGUCGACUGCCAUUGUAUGGAUCACUACAUGGUUAAUCAGCCGGCAAGAUCAGUAUCGGUAUCCCAUCGGGCGAAGAAGGCUGGAGCCUAUUGGCGUGCUUGUCUUCUCCGUCAUCAUGAUCACGUCGUUUGCCCAGGUUGCUCUUGAGGCCAUUCAACGUCUUAUGUCAAAUGACCGAGAGGUUAUUCAACUUGGCGUACCGGCCAUCGCCAUCAUGUUGAGCACCGUCGUCAUCAAGGGUAUGUGCUGGCUUUGGUGCCGUCUCAUCAAAAACUCCAGUGUCCAGGCCUUGGCCGCGGAUGCAAGCACCGAUGUUAUCUUCAACGCCGGCUCCAUCGCUUUCCCAUUAAUUGGCUUCUACUGUCACAUCUGGUGGCUCGAUGCGCUCGGCGGUUUGCUGCUCUCCCUCGUGGUUAUCUUUAACUGGUCUCAAACAUCCGGAGAGCACAUCAGACACUUGACGGGCUUUUCCGCCACUGCUGAUCAACGCAAUAUCUUGCUCUACUUGACCAUGCGCUUCGCAAAGACGAUCAAGCAGAUCCAGGGCUUGCAAGCCUACCACUCAGGCGACAAGCUGAACGUUGAGGUUGACAUCGUUUUGGAUGCCAGCACGUCACUCAAGGACAGUCAUGAUUUGGCUGAAAGUCUCCAAUACGUCAUAGAAUCUGUCCCCAUCGUUGAUAGGGCGUUUGUCCACGUCGACUAUGCCAGCUACAACCUCCCCACUCACAUGGAGCAGCAACACAAUUAG